UUGACUUUUCAUCCUUUUCAAGUAGCGACGACGAGCGAACCAGCAAGCUUGUGUGUGUGUUGGAAAUUACGAAAUAAAUCAAAGUUUUUGUCAAAAAUCGAAAUUUCGUGUGCCAUCGCAUAUUGCGAAUAUUUGCUGAAAUUCUGAACAAAAACCAGUAAAUAACUUCACAAAUCUAAGAAAAUGGCUGCUGUUUGUGGGCGUAUGGCUCUGCGUGCGGCGACACGUCAAAAUUUACAAAUCACUCCAGUGCGUUUCUGCAAAAUGAUGAACGAUCCAAUGGAGCAUGCCACUGGUUUGGAGAAACGUGAAUUGCUAGCCAAGGCUGCUGGCAAUGAUAACCCCUUCGACAUGAAAGUGUUCAAACGUGGCGCAGGCACCAAAGAAAAUCCCAACCUGAUACCAUCAGCAUUUGACGCUCGUAUUGUGGGCUGCAUCUGCGAAGAAGAUCAAACUUAUGUGCAGUGGAUGUGGCUGCAAAAGGGUACAUCCAAACGUUGCGAAUGCGGUCAUUGGUUCAAAUUGGUUGAGAAAGCUCCUGUUUAAAUUAAAUAAUACAAAAUAUUUGCAAAUUUCAUUUUACUAAGCAAAAAGUAACCAAAUAAAUUCACAAAACCAACAACAACAAAGAACUCUAAAAAUGAUAGUAAAAUGGGAAGGCGUAAACUUAGGAGAAUUAAUACUAAGAAUGUAUCAGAAACUAGUUACAUUGCUAUCUACUAUGUUGGAUGGUGCUUUGCUAUGGCCAACGAUUCACCAUAUUGGAAUAUAAAAGUAAAUUCAUAAAUGAAAUAGAACACUGUAAUAUUUAAUGUUAACUAUACAUAAAGAUGAAUAGAAAUCAAAACACAUAUUACGGUGUUUAAGUAA